UUGAAGGAAGAAAUUUAUUUGUACCUACAAUCCCAUAAUUUUUCUUCAAAAAUCUUAUUAGAAAUCUAACCACCAUGGUAUUAAAAAAUCAAGUCGUAUGAUACUAUUUUUUUUUCUGUCUGUACCUCAUGAAAACCAUAGGCAAAGUAAAACCUUUUUCAGGAAAUCGAACUGCUGGAAUCCAUUAUUGACCAUAGAGUAAAAUAUCCAUCCAUGGCCGAUCUCGUCGCUGUCAUGUCUUUUAUUUAAUUUUUCAGAAAUAUGAGGCUCCUUCAAUGAUUUUGAGUGGGUUUAUAGUGUGGAAGUGAUCGUGUGGCGGCGCGGUCUCGGUGAUACGGCUCGUUGGUCGGCGGCACCAUGUUCAGCGGGACGGUGCGGCUACGGGUCUGCGAGGCGACAGGACUGAGGCCGACCGACUUUCAGAAAAGGCAUAACAUGACCUUCGGGAAGCCAGACGAUCAGCCUAUAGACCCGUACGUUUCGAUCGACGCCGACGAGCAUCACCUAGACCGUUCGAGCACAAAACCCAAAACAUUUGACCCAGUGUGGAAUGAAACCUUCACACAUGAAGUUCAUAAUGUCACCAGCUUGGGUAUAACAGUGUUUCACGAUGCGGCUAUCCCUCCUGAUGACUUUGUGGCAAACUGCACUAUUCCAUUUGAGGAUCUUAUGCACCGAGACAAGGAUGCUUCAGACUUCUGGGUGGAUCUAGAACCUAAUGGAAAAUUGCAUCUCAAUAUCAAUCUGAAAUGGAAUUCUCAAGGCGCCGCGGCGGAGACAUGCCGGCAGACGCGCGAGUUCAAGGAGGGCGCGGGCUUCGCGCGGCGGCGCGGUGCCAUGCGGCGGCGCGUGCACCAGGUCAACGGCCACAAGUUCAUGGCCACCUUCCUGCGCCAGCCCACCUUCUGCUCGCACUGCCGCGAGUUCAUAUGGGGUAUUGGCAAGCAGGGAUACCAGUGUCAAGUGUGCACGUGCGUGGUUCACAAGCGCUGCCACUCGUCCGUCGUCACCAAGUGUCCCGGGAUGAAGGAAGAGCAACACUCGGUGGGCGUGUCGGGCGGUCAGCGGUUCAACGUCAACGUGCCACAUCGCUUCGUGGUGCACUCCUACAAGCGCUUCACCUUCUGCGACCACUGCGGCUCGCUGCUCUACGGGCUCAUCAAGCAGGGCCUGCAGUGCGAGGUGUGCUCGAUGAACGUGCACAAGCGCUGCCAGAAGAACGUGGCCAACAACUGCGGCAUCAACACCAAGAUGAUGGCCGAGAUCCUCAACGAGAUGGGCAUCUCGCCCGACAAGAACCCACGCCCCAGGCCCUCCAAGUACUUAAACACACCUCUUAUGGAGGGCACUCCCGAGCUCGGCUCCUCCGGCGACGCGGACGGCAAGGACGGCGACAAGCACGACGACAAAGAGUUCUUUCUCGGCUUCACCGCCAACGGCACCUUCGAGUCUUACGGGCUCGGCGGCGGCGACUGGACCAACGGGCUCAGCUGGACCGCCGGCGGGAUGAACUGGACCUCAAACGGGACGAGUGGGACGAACGGCAACGGAAUGUUCGGCUCGUGUGCGUUCGCCGAACCCGCCUGGCCGACCGGCACGCAUUGGGACGAUCUGGCGGAGAUAUUCGGACCACAGCAGACGUAUAGUGGUGACGGAAUGGCGGGCGGCGGGCCGGACAAGGUGUCGCUGGAGGACUUCCACUUCAUCAAGGUGCUGGGCAAGGGCUCCUUCGGGAAGGUCAUGCUGGCAGAGAAGAAGGGCACCGAUGAGGUGUACGCGGUGAAGGUGCUGAAGAAGGACGCGAUCAUCCAGGACGACGACGUGGAGUGCACGCUGACGGAGCGGCGCGUGCUGGCGCUGGCGGCGCGGCACCCGUUCCUCACGGCGCUGCACUCCGCCUUCCAGACGCGCGACCGCCUGUUCUUCGUCAUGGAGUACGUCGACGGCGGCGACCUCAUGUUCCAGAUACAGCGCGCGCGCAAGUUCGACGAGCCAAGGGCCAGGUUCUACGCGGCAGAAGUGACGUUGGCGCUGCAGUUCCUGCACUCGCACGGCGUCAUCUACCGCGACCUGAAGCUGGACAACAUCCUGCUGGACAGCGAGGGCCACUGCAAGCUGGCCGACUUCGGCAUGUGCAAGGAGGGCAUCCUGGACGGCGCGACCACCACAACGUUCUGCGGGACUCCGGACUACAUUGCGCCUGAGAUCCUGCAAGAGCUGGAGUACGGUCCAUCGGUGGACUGGUGGGCGCUGGGCGUGCUGGUGUACGAGAUGCUGGCCGGACAGCCGCCCUUCGAGGCCGACAACGAGGACGACCUGUUCGAGUCCAUCCUGCACGACGACGUGCUCUACCCCGUCUGGCUGUCCAAGGAGGCCGUCUCCAUCCUCAAGGGCUUCAUGACGAAGAACCCGGCGCGGCGGCUCGGCGUGAGCGGCGGCGCGGGCGGCAUCCGCGCGCACGCCUUCUUCCGCGACGUGGACUGGGACGCGCUCGCCGCGCGCCGCCUGCGCCCGCCCUUCCGGCCCAAGGUGGUGAGUCUAGUGCGGCUCGCUGACUGCUUCCCGUUGUCCUACCGCGGGUGCGGCUCGCUGACUGCUUCCCGUUGUCCUACCGCGGGGCUCCUACGUAUCUCCUUCUUCCGCGACGUGGACUGGGACGCGCUCGCCGCGCGCCGCCUGCGCCCGCCCUUCCGGCCCAAGGUGUGCGGCUCGCUGACUGCUUCCCGUUGUCCUACCGCGGGGCUCCUACGUAUCUCCUUCUUCCGCGACGUGGACUGGGACGCGCUCGCCGCGCGCCGCCUGCGCCCGCCCUUCCGGCCCAAGGUGUGCGGCUCGCUGACUGCUUCCCGUUGUCCUACCGCGGGGCUCCUACGUAUCUCCUUCUUCCGCGACGUGGACUGGGACGCGCUCGCCGCGCGCCGCCUGCGCCCGCCCUUCCGGCCCAAGGUGUGCGGCUCGCUGACUGCUUCCCGUUGUCCUACCGCGGGGCUCCUACGUAUCUCCUUCUUCCGCGACGUGGACUGGGACGCGCUCGCCGCGCGCCGCCUGCGCCCGCCCUUCCGGCCCAAGGUGUGCGGCUCGCUGACUGCUUCCCGUUGUCCUACCGCGGGGCUCCUACGUAUCUCCUUCUUCCGCGACGUGGACUGGGACGCGCUCGCCGCGCGCCGCCUGCGCCCGCCCUUCCGGCCCAAGGUGUGCGGCUCGCUGACUGCUUCCCGUUGUCCUACCGCGGGGCUCCUACGUAUCUCCUUCUUCCGCGACGUGGACUGGGACGCGCUCGCCGCGCGCCGCCUGCGCCCGCCCUUCCGGCCCAAGGUGAAGAGCAAGCGCGAGGCGGCGAACUUCGACGCGGAGUUCACGAAGGAGGAGCCCGUGCUCACGCCCGUGCCCGCCGACGUCGUGCGCACCAUCAACCAGGAGGAGUUCCGUGGCUUCUCGUUCGUGAACGGGGACUUCAACCCCGCCUCGCACGAGCGCCCCGCGCCGCCCGUCUGA